GGGCGCGUGCGUCAUGCGCGCGGCGCCUGCGCGCGGGCGGUGCGGCGGAGGCGCGGGAGCGGCGCGCGAGAGGCGCGCUCAGGGACCGGCCGGGCCGGGCCGGGCACCGCCGCCCUGCAGGGCAGCCCAGCCGCCGCUCCCGCCUCCUCCGCCUCUUCGUCCUCCUCCUCGUCGCCGCCGCAGCAGCAGCUGACGCUGCUCGUGAUGCAGCCGGGCGGCGGCGAGGAGGCGGCGGCCGGGGCGGCGGGGGUGGUGCUGCAGCCGAACGCCGACCCGCAGCUGCCGCCCUCUGCUAGCGGCGGCCUCAUGGUGUUCUACGAGCUGGGGGCCGCCGGCGAGGUCGAGGUGGGGGAGGAGGAGGUCGAGGCGGCGGGCGGCGAGAGCACGGCCAGUCUGGAGGAGCUGGAGGAGGAGGAGGCGGCGGCGGUGCCCGGGGCUGCGGGCGGCGAGGCGGCGGCGGGCGGCGAGUGCAAGAGCUGCACGUACGAGGGCUGCAGCGAGACCACCACGCAGGUGGUGAAGCAGCGCAAGCCCUGGAUGUGCAAGCGGCACCGCAACAAGAUCUACAAGGACAAGUACAAGCGCAAGAAGAGCGACCAGGCCCUGGGGGGCGGCGGGGCGGCUGCCGCGGGGGGCGGCCCGCGGGCCGAGGAUAGUGUUGAAGGUUCAGUGUCUGCCACAAAACAGAGAACAGGAUCCAUUGGAGAUCGCCCAGCAAGACCUACUCUUUUAGAACAAGUAUUGAAUAAAAAGAGGCUGUCCUUACUCAGAAGCCCAGAAGUAGUGCAGUUUCUACAGAAACAGCAGCAACUGUUAAGUCAACAAGCUUUGGAACAAAGGCAGCAACAGUUUCAAGGAGCACCUGGGUAAUGAGGAAAGAUCAAUGAUCUGCAGAUGAGUCUGGUGCUGAAGGAGGGACACGAUCUGUAUUUUGUAUAAAUACAAAGAAUCUCAGUGUUUAAACAAAAA